ACAGUCAGAAUAACUACAAAAAUGACACUACAUUCCUAGCUUCUCUUUCCUCAGCUAUCUGCAAAAUCCCAAUUGUAGAAACCCUAAUUGCGCAAAAGAUCAAACCAGAUGAUUUGUGCAAGAGAGAGACCGUGUUAGAGAAGUGAAGGCGUUUUUCUUUUUAUAAUUUAAAUUUGGGGCAAUGGAUGCCGGAAAGGAGAAGGAAGUUGAGGUUCAAGAUGAACUUGCAGAUUCAUUGAACGAUCUGUUUACGAGUGUUUCAACUAUGGUAAAAGGCGAACUUCAGGGGACAAAUAAUUUGUUGGAGCUUUUGGAGAAAAUGAAUUUAAGAGUAGCUGAAGAGUAUAAUGGUUUUGGGGAUGUGGCUUCGGGGUUGAGGGUUUUCGUGGAGCAGUUGAAAUCAAAGAGUAGUAAUUUUGAUGAGUAUGUUGAGCAGAUUGAUACUAUAGAGCAGCAAGUAACUGAAUUUGAGGCUAUAGUGUCAAUGCUGGAUCAAUAUGUUUCUACGCUGGAAUCAAAAGUGCAAUCCGUAUACCAACAUCCGUCAUCUUAAACAAAAGGUUUCUAAAUGCUUCUCGUUACUCUUCCAUGAAUUUUACUCAUCUGCAAUUCAUUUCGUUGUCCUUAGGGUCAUAAAUUCCCAAUGCUUUGGCGCAUUUGAUUUAUUUUUUCUUCUGAAUCUUGGUUGUUGAGCCCCUGUAUCCUUCGAAGGAUGGAGUUUCUGUGCAGCACAUCAUUUUCGAGAUUUAGUUAUCUUUUUCGAUUGCAUUAAAUUGUUGAUCCUAUUGUUGAGUAGUAAUUAACAGAAUGAAGCAAGUAUAUAUGACUUUAUGAUGGCAUAUCAAGAUAAGCAAGUCAGCAUCAACUGAGGAUUAAAAGUUGCUCAUUUUUCUAUCCUUUUCAUAGCGCAUCAACUCCUGUCUGCUGUGGGCCUGAAAUGUUUGCUGCUCUUAACUAUAUCUUGGAAAUUUCUCAGAUGUUUUCACAAAUUAUCGAACUUAAUUUAUCUAUUUGUCCUUUUUUUGUUUU